UCUCCUGCUCUCGCCCAUGUAGACACAAACAGACGCGGCAGGGAACAGUGUGUGUGUGUUUGUUUUGGUAUGAUUAGCGCUGCUGAUUUAGAGUUUAAUGUAAAAGGGACUCGGAGGCGCGAUUAAAGGAGGAAUUUAUCCGUCGUUAGGAUGUGGAUCAGUCCGGAGGAGGUGCUGCUCGCUAACGCGCUGUGGGUGAGUGAGAGGGCCAAUCCCUUCUUCAUCCUGCAGCGGAGGAAAGGACACGGCAAAGGAGGAGGCAUCACCGGCCUUCUGGUUGGGACUCUGGAUGUCGUGUUAGACUCCAGUGCUCGUGUCGCUCCGUAUCGAAUCCUUCAUCAGACAGGAGACUCGCAGCUCUUCUGGAGCAUUGCCUGUGGCUCAUCUCGCAAGGAGAUAACAGAACACUGGGAAUGGCUGGAGGCUAAUUUACUGCAGACUCUCUCCAUUUUUGACAACGAUGAAGACAUCACUACUUUUGUCAAGGGCAAGAUACAGGGCAUCAUUGCUGAGGAGAAUAAGAGCCGGCAGGCACAAGAAGACGAGGAUUGCGGGAAGUUUCGGGAGGCGGAGCUGAAGAUGCGGAAGCUGUUUGGGAUGCCGGAGGAGGAGAAACUGGUUAACUAUUACUCGUGCAGCUACUGGAAGGGUAGAGUGCCACGUCAGGGCUGGCUCUACCUCUCAGUCAAUCACCUGUGCUUCUACUCCUUCCUGCUUGGAAAAGAGGUGACGUUGAUAGUGCAGUGGACGGAUGUGACUCAGUUAGAUAAGAACGCCACGCUGUUAUUCCCAGAGAGUGUGCGUGUGAGCACUCGGGACACGGAGCACUACUUCUCCAUGUUCCUCAACAUCAACGACACAUUUAAGCUGAUGGAGCAGCUGGCUAACAUCGCCAUGAGGCAGCUGCUGGACAACGAGGGCUUCUCUGCAGACCACUCGCUCCCCAAGCCCUGCAAGACCCUCAAAAAUGUUUCUGCACUCAAAAGGGACUUGGACGCACGGGCGAAAAACGAGAGAUACCGAGCUCUGUUCCGGCUGACGAAGGACGAGCGGCUAGACGGUCACACAGACUGCACUCUGUGGACGCCUUUCGCUAAGAUGCAUGUGGUUGGACAGAUGUUCGUCUCCAACAACUACAUCUGUUUUGCCAGCAGAGAGGAAGACCUGUGUCAACUUAUCAUCCCACUUAGAGAGGUAUCUAUAGUAGAGAAGGCUGACAGCAGCAGUGUUUUGCCUAGCCCUCUCUCCAUCAGCACUAAAAACAAGAUGACCUUCCUCUUUGCCAACCUCAAAGAUCGUGACUUCCUUGUUCAGCGCAUCUCAGACUUCCUGCAGCGAACGCCUGACAGACUCUGUAGCAUGACUGGACAAUCUGAGAGUCCAAGUCCCAGCACCCCUUCUUCCCUCCCUCCAACACCACCAGUGCUGGGGUCAAGUGAGGUCACUCAGGAUCGCUACUACAGCUCCAGCCUCCCUACGGCCAAGCAGGGUCUGCUCCACAUCUACCAGAAGGGCCGUCCUGAAGACCUGGGACCCAAAGCGACAAAAGAGAAGAUGAAGGAAGAAUCCUGGAAUAUCCAUUUCUUUGAGUUUGGACGAGGUGUGUGCAUGUAUCGCACGUCUAAGACACGCGACCUGGUCCUGAAAGGGAUUCCUGAGAGUCUGAGAGGAGAGCUGUGGCUACUGUUUUCAGGUGCUCAGAAUGAGAUGGUGUCUCACCCAGGCUACUAUGCGGAGCUGGUGGAGCAGGCCAUGGGCAGGUGUACUUUAGCUACAGAGGAGAUUGAGAGAGACCUGCAUCGCUCCAUGCCUGAGCACCAUGCCUUCCAGAAUGAGAUGGGCAUUGCUGCUCUCCGACGGGUACUCACUGCAUAUGCAUACCGCAACCCGGGCAUCGGCUACUGCCAGGCCAUGAAUAUAGUAACGUCAGUGUUGCUGCUGUACUGUACUGAAGAGGAGGCGUUCUGGUUACUGGUGGCUUUGUGUGAACGGAUGCUGCCUGAUUAUUACAACACCAGAGUUGUAGGAGCACUGGUGGAUCAGGGUGUGUUUGAGGAGCUGACACGGGAGUGUUUGCCGCUGCUGUAUGAGCACAUGCAGGAGCUGGGCGUGAUCUCCACCAUCUCCCUGUCCUGGUUUCUCACACUCUUCCUGUCCGUCAUGCCGUUCGACAGUGCUGUGUUGCUGGUGGACUGCUUUUUCUAUGAGGGAAUCAAAGUUAUCUUUCAGGUAUCAUUGGCCGUGCUACACGCUAACAUGGAGAAGUUGUUAAACUGCACAGAUGAGGGAGAGGCCAUGACCAUACUUGGAAGGUAUCUGGAUAACGUUGUGAACAAACAGACCGUGUCUCCGCCCAUCCCCCACCUGCAUGCCCUGUUAACCAGCGGAGAUGAGCCGCCACCUGAGAUUGACAUAUUUGAUCUCAUUAAGACGUCCUACGAGAAGUUUGGAAGUCUCCGUGCUGAUGUCAUUGAGCAGAUGAGGUUCAAACAGCGAUUAAAGGUCAUCCAGUCUUUAGAGGAUACGGCUAAGAGGAGUGUGGUGAGGGCCAUCAUGACGGACUCAGCCUUCAGUAUUGAAGAGCUGGAGGAGCUGUAUGUUCUGUUCAAGGCCAAGCACAUCAUGAGCUGCUAUUGGGGGGCGAGUAGCUCUGCUGCCGAGCGCCAUGACCCGAGUUUGCCCUAUCUGGAGCAGUACCGCAUUGAUUGUGGGCAGUUCAUUCAGCUCUUCUCAGCCUUGGCACCUUGGAGCUGUGGCAUGCACACUUCCACACUCGCUGCCCGCUUAUUUCGCCUGCUUGACCACAACAAAGACUCCCUCAUCAACUUUAAAGAGUUUGUCACAGGCCUGAGUGGGAUGUAUCAUGGCGAUAUGACUGAGAAAUUGAAGCUUCUGUAUAAAUUACACCUGCCUCCAGCUUUGUGCCCAGAAGAGGCAGAGUCUGCACUUGAGGCCACUCACUUCUUUACUGAUGACGACACACCGCAGGAUCCUCCCUCCUUGUCUCAUCUAGACUUCCUGGUCCAGGAAGUCACCUCAGGUGAGGAGGCGAAGGAGGUAGCUGACACAGGAGGAGAUUCUGAAGAGAAGAAAGAGGAAAAAGUAAAGGACUAUAAGUAUUACUUGAGAAUGUGGGCUAAGGAAAGGGAACCCAAGAAAGAGACCAUCAAAGAUCUGCCCAGAAUGAACCAGGAACAGUUUAUUGAGUUGUGCAAGACGCUCUAUAAUAUGUUCAGUGAGGACCCUCUGGAGCAGGAGCUGUAUCAUGCCAUUGCUACGGUGGCCAGCUUAUUACUGCGCAUUGGAGAAGUGGGCAAGAAGUUCACCAACAACGGCAGCAAGAAAUGUGAUGCACAGGCUCAGCCAGUGGUAGAGACUCCAGGAAAAGAGGACAGUUUUGGAGAGGCUGGAUGUUCCCUGGUGUCGAAGGCUCUGGCAGAGGCCCAACUGGAGACCCUGCCUCCUCCAUCCAACGGGUCAGACGAAGAUGUAAAGGACGACACUUCCAUUUCAUCCUACUCUGUGGUCAGUGCCGGUUCUCUGCAGUGCGAAGACAUCGCAGACGAUACAGUUCUGAUCGGUUGUGGAGUGGGUGGAGCUGGAGGUGGGAGUGACAGUAGGCGUGGCAGCGCGCCGGAUGGCGAUUGGUCGAUCUCGUUUGAGCAGGUGCUUGCAUCGUUGCUGACCGAACCGGCUCUGGUUAACUACUUUGAGAAGAAGCAUGACAUCAGAAGCAAGAUGGCUCUCUGUAAGGCUCAGAGGGCUGUAGAAAGACAGAUCAGUUCGUCCAGCGACCAUGAGCUAGCUCAGCUCUCCACCUGAGGUUUAAGCUAAUGGCUGCCACUAAUGAAGGUGCAUUCACUCUUAUUUAGAGAUCUGACUCUAAUUAUCACUAGUGCAUUAAUGAUCACACUCUCAUUCUCACCACUUUCAGACGUACAGUAAAGCCUAUAGGUCUGCACUUUUGCUCAUGUGGCGUUUGGCCUUCCAGGUUGAAAAAGUGAGCACUGUUUGUCUGCUGUUUGCAUGUAACCUGAUGGUUCGCUACUCUUCAAUCUGAGUCCAGCCUUCAGUCAUUGCACUCAAGUUUUACGUAGACCAACAUUGAGUUUAUGUUGCAUUUUUGUUUACCUCUGACUAGGCUAUGUGGCAUUGUACCAGUUACUCGAGUUGUAGCCUUUUCUGCACCUAUAUAUUCUUCAAUUUUGAGUCUUUUUGAAGGAUCAUUAUCACCUAACAUAGUGUGGAAAUACUUUACCAGCACACUAUCUUGUUCAGAUCUGUAAUAUGAAUACUAAGUUUUACUUUAUUCUUUAUUACAUAUAGUCUGAAAUCUUCAAAGGUAGUUUUGCACUAAGUGUCAUAUUCAAGCUGUGGUUUUAAAAUAAGAAGUGUCCUUUGUCAGAACAGGGUUUGCUGAAAUCCAAUUAUGGUUUUUCUUUUCUUUCUUUUUUUUUUUUAAUUUGUUUGUUUGUUUGUUUUUUUCCUUGUUUUUUUUGGGGGGGGAGGUGUUCUGAAGCGUUCUGUUACGAUAUUUGUGUUUAUUUCUCAACUUUCUUAUUCAAAGUCUCAAAUCACUGCUUUACUGAAUUGGCUUGUCAAUGUGGAAAAGGAAAAAAGCUGAGGAAUGAGGGACAACAAAGUUUAGCAUCUCUGCCUUGCCCUGAUCAUUCUGUUGUGCUGAUCGUAAUCAUUUAUUAGUGGUUCAGCAGUUAGGGCCACCUUAUCAUUACAAUAGCAGACUUCUUUUAGAUAUUGCAAGAACUCCUACAUUAGGAUCCAUAUCCCAGCUUUUAUUUAAGCUAAAAUGACUAAAUCACUUUAGUUUCGGUAUUCUUUAAACACUCGUAUGUCACGCAAGUACAAUCAAAAAUGGCUAAAUGUUAUUAUUAACUGUAGUAUCUAAAACUAAAUCUAAACUGAUCUAUAAUCAGCUUUCAGCCCCUUGUUCUCCCAUCCUUGACCAAGUUCGUACAGUCAGUAACUUUGUCAUUUGCUUUACAGAUGUGCAGCAUUUCUGCUCAGCACUAACGAAUAGUUAUGUUUCAUGGUUAGAAGCUGUAUCUUGUAUAAAAUUUUUUAUUGCUAAACAUAAAUGUAACAGUGUUUUUACUGUCAGAUUACUCUACUUUUGUUCCCACCCCCCACAGUCCAUAGCUUGCCCUAUAUAAUUUUAAGUGUUAGCUUUGUACAAAUUAAAUUGCUUUAAAUAGACCUCACUGCAAUUCACAUGUGUUUUAUAUGCCAAAAUGUAGGGCUUAAUUGCAAUUAUUAGUUCUCUGAAGCUAUACUUUAUGCUAGUAUUUAAACUCCCUAAAUGUCAUAUAAUUGAGGCCAACAAAUAGACAUUCCUGAGGUGCAUUACAAAUCAGAAUCAGACAUGUUCAGAAAUAGCAGUGUUGACAUCCUCAUUUCCAGCAUUAAGCAGAAGUCUGUUCAGUUUACAUCACCUUUGAAACACUAAUUCCUCCAAAUUCCAACCUCUCCUCGUUUCAAUUUCUAACUAUUCAUAUCAAGUGCAAAAAGAUGUCUUGUUUCGAAACAUUUUGUGUUCUGCCAGCCAUCUGGGCCUGCUUCAGUUUGAUCUAACCUCUUGUUUAGUUUUUAGGCCUGCUGCAUAUCCAUUCCUCAGGUACUAUUGAGCUUUAACCGGUAGGUUGCUGAGAAGAAAUGAUAAGAAUACUCACGUUUCACCAGAGCAAAUGAUUCUGGCCAUAUUCUGUCAAAACAAGAUGAAAAGAUUCAGGAGGCAGUGAGAGGUCAGAUGCCGUUUCAUUAUUCUGGAUCUGAGCAAAUAGGAGUCAAGAAAAAAAGCACCUGCUAUAAUUUGCAGGCAAUAUACUGCAUAUAAUCAAUCCACUAAAAUCCUGUAAUUCUACUAAGCAUGUGUAAAUGUACAGUCCAGUCAGAUCCCUACUAUGAAACAUGUCUGUUCCGUUGCUGUGUGUGUGUGAACUAUAUUGUAAAUGGCUUUCAACACAUUGAGCGAAUGCUUCAUAAUAAUUUUCAUGCUUCACUGUGAAAGUAACCAGUAUCAUUGGCUAAAAAAGCUUAUUAAUGCACAUUUAUAUGAUUGUUUACUUUCUUGUCCUGGAUUUCACACACACAUAUUUUAAUUUGCUUCAAUAUAUUAUAUGAUAUAUUGCUGUCACAGUAAUACCUACAGUAUUUAAUCCAUACUACUUGUUAUUUGCUCAUUUAAACUGUUUUUAAAAUCUGUUGUCAUUGAUCAGUACUGUAUUAUACUGUGUAAUAAAUAAACAAGUUACGUGAA